AUGCACUUGACCCUUACCAACAUUGCGAAGACCGCGUUCACGGGAGGCUACCGCGACAAGUCCACAGCAACAUCCCACCACGACGAAGAAGAUCACAGAUACAUUCGCGGCGACAUCGAAGCUCGUGGUCCGUGUCCCGGGUUGAAUGCAUUGGCGAACCAGGGGUAUCUUCCACGAGACGGCAAAAACCUCACCAUUCCUCAAGUCCAACAUGCACUGGAGACCGCCUUGCACAUGUCACCACUUGCCGCCGCUUCCCUGUGCAGCAGUCUUCCUCCUCUGUUGCGUAAGGACGGCACAUUCGACCUGGUUGACACACGGCGCCACAAUGUCAUCGAGCACGACUCAUCCUUCACCCGGCUUGAUUUCCACCAGGGCGACAACUACACUUUUCAGCCAGAUAUGCUGCAGGCCAUGAUCAACGAUGCGGAUGGCGGGCCCGUCACUCUGCGAUCAUUGGCGAAGACAUUCAUCCGUCGGGACAAGGAGAGUCGGGCAGCAGGAGCACCACGGCUGCCCUUUGAUCUCUGGUUUGUGCGAGUGUUGCAGGCAGUUGGGGUGAUGAACACGGCUCAGACUGGUGGGAUCUUGACCAAGGAAGUAUUGCAUGCUGUUUUCGCCGAGGAGAGGUUCCCGGAAAUCAUCCUCGAGAACCCGACACCGAGGACUGUCUUGACAUUGCUUGGGAAUGCCUUGGGGAUGAUGCGAUAUGUCAUCUUCGGGCCUUAG